CCUGUAGCCACCAGCUAACCUACAUUCCUGCUGACAGCAGAGAUCCUGGUUUAAAUAGGUGUGUGUCAGCUGACAGUUGUAUGAUGCUAGCAUGUUAGCGUCGGAGUUGGCAAGAAGAUACUGUAUCAAUUCAGCGUUUAUCGAAGUGGUGCGGUUCUCUUUUAUAGUUUAACCAUUUAUUUGUUUGUUUGAUCUUAAAGUUAACAAAGCGAACAGUUUUGUUUCAUAUGAAAUUACCUUUCCAGCGCUAAGUGGCUUUUUAUAGCCCUUAGCAAGCUGAAAGAGCCAGGAAGCUAAUCUUCCUAGCAACCGUAGCUAGCUGUGACAGCAGGUAAGCUAACCAACGGUUAUCUUCAUGGAGAGCCUUAAAGUGCUAGCCAAGCUUUCAAGAUUGUUUUUUAGGGUGAGUUAUGUGAACAAACUGUAGACCAGCGGCUCCUGUGGAGGUAAAUGUUGAAUAAAUGGCAAAAAUAGAGCAGGGCAAUGGGGUUGACUUGCGGGGCAGCCCAGAGAAGCUGACAGAUAAUGGGAAAGGCAACUCGUAUGGAUCCGACCCAGAGGUAAACGGCAAUGUCCCCGGGGAGAAAGAGGUGGACAAGUACGGGUUCAGCGGAGGAGCCCAGCAGCACUCAUCUGCGGAAGAAAUCCCAACUGAUGUGCUGAGGCAGCGGGAGUCAAAAUGGCUGGAAAUGCUCAACAGCUGGGACAAGUGGAUGGCCAAAAAACACAAGAAGGUGAAAGAGCGCUGUCAGAAGGGGAUCCCUCCAUCCCUGCGUGGCCGGGCCUGGCUCUACCUCACUGGGGGCAAGGUUAAAAGGGAACAAAACCAAAGAAAAUUCCAGGAGCUGGACAGUAAGCCAGGAGAUCCUAAAUGGGUAGAUAUUAUUGAGAGGGACCUCCAUCGGCAGUUCCCCUUCCAUGAAAUGUUUGAAGCCAGAGGGGGUCAUGGGCAGCAAGACUUGUUCCGUGUGUUGAAGGCUUACACUCUGCAUCGGCCUGAAGAGGGUUAUUGUCAGGCUCAGGCUCCGAUCGCUGCUGUUCUCCUGAUGCAUAUGCCAGCUGAGGAUGCAUUCUGGGUUCUUGUUCAGAUUUGUGAGAAAUACCUUCCUGGAUACUACAGCUCAGGGCUGGAGGCGAUCCAGCUGGACGGGGAGAUCCUGUACGCUCUGCUGCGGCGGGUGUCCCCGGUGGCCCACCGUCACCUGAAGAAGCACAAGCUGGAGCCCGUCCUGUACAUGACCGAGUGGUUCAUGUGCGCCUUCUCUCGGACUCUGCCCUGGGCCUCUGUGCUGCGGGUCUGGGACAUGUUCCUUUGUGAGGGAGUAAAGAUCCUCUUUCGGGUAGGCCUGGUUCUCCUGAAAUGCACGUUGGGAUCCCAGGAGAAACUGAAGACCUCUCAGGGUCUGUAUGAAACAAUGGAGCUGCUCCGAGCCAUACAGCCACAGUACCUACGAGAAGGCUUCCUGGUGCAAGAGAUAAUUGAGUUAGGGGUGUCAGAGAAAGACAUUGAGAAGGAACACUUUGCUCAGCUGCGCCGCUGGAAGGAGACUCAUGGAGAUCUACACUGCAAGUCCCCUCCCAGGAUGCACGGCGCUAAAGCUAUCAUUACGGCAGAGCCGCCCAGCCGUCAGGACCUGAAACAAAGGCCCACCAUCAUCGUGCAGUCGCCCCUGGCAACGCAGACGGACGGAGAGAGAGAACAGGACGCCAAGGAGAGUGCAAAGACUAACAAGGGGAAACAGAAGAAAACCACGCUUCCCCCAGUGGAGACGGUUAAUCCUUACCUUUCUCCCAGUGACCCCUCCCUUCUCCUCAAACACAUGACUGUACAAGGGUCCAAAGAGAGUCUGAGCAGCGCCGAGCAUGACACUUACCUGUAGCGGGGUAAGUGUCCCAGUUUACUUGCAUCACCAUUCACAACAGCCUUUACAGUUUUAAGUAAACGUUCUUGAGUCACAGUGACAUGACAAAACCUUUCAUGAAUUACUGUGUGUAGGACAGGUUUUAUUCAAAUGGUUAUGUUUACAAUCAAGAAAAAAAAAUUGUAUUUUCAAGGUUUGUGAAAAACGCCAUUGCUCAAACCAGCAGUCACUUAAAUGAUUGACGGCAAGGUAUUGUCUGCACGGUAACACAUGUUUUAACUACACAGAAAGGUGAAACAAAUGGAGAACUUUGAGGAGAUUUUGGUUUGGCGCGAGGAUAAAGCCGCACAAAGUAUACAACA